AUGACUACAGACGGCGGAUCGAGCAAUGCGACACACGCAAGACGGGUAGAUGAUGACGACGAUGCAGAUCUCGGCAUUUUCGAGACCGGAUCCGGUGAUGAGGAUGGAGACGACUCGGACGAAGAGGGCGGCGGCAAAAAAAGACGCGGCAAGCGCACAAAGGCUGGAAGCGGUGGUGCGUCUGGAUCGCAAGGCGACGGUAAGGGCGAAGCAGAUAGCACGACUGGACGACGCAAGAUCCGCAUCGAAUUCAUCGAAGACGAUAGCAGAAGGCACAUCACCUUUAGCAAGAGAAAGGCAGGCAUCAUGAAAAAGGCGUACGAACUUGCCACGCUUACCGGCACGCAGAUCCUGCUGCUUGUUGUGUCUCAAACCGGCUUGGUGUACACCUUCACCACUCCCAAGCUAGCGCCCGUGGUCAAAGAAACAACUGGCAAGGACCUCAUCCGAAGGUGUCUAGAGUCC